AUGAAACAACUUCUACUCUGUCAGGACAUCUUGUCAUUAAUUAUAAUGUUUGAUGAGGAUCCUUUCGAAAUACUGAUGUCAUUCCGAUCUGUUUGCAAGACUUGGCACGAAUGGACAAAUUCACAUCAUUUAUUAUUGGAUUGUAUUAUUUCAGUAUUACAUAAAGGAUGGUCAAUUAGAAAUGAUUCCACAAACGAAACUUUUCAAGUCAAUUUAUUUAAAUUACCAUCAUAUCAAGAUGAAUAUCAUCCUGAUAUUUUCACACAUGCUCUCAAGUAUUAUAAAUUGGUAAAGAAACACAUUGAACAAUAUACAGAACAAUUGGAGCAUCCAAAUUCAAGUUGUGAAUAUGUUUAUGCACCAACAAGAGUUGAAAACAAAUUGGCUUUGGAAAUGUCAAGUAUUCUUACACCAUUUUUAUUUCUGAAAAAGGCAAGCACUGAAUUUGGAAGUUAUGAUUUUCGAUCAAAUUUAGCAACUGUAGUGAUUGCAAAUGUUAAGGGAGAGGACAAGUUUGUGAGUUUAAAGAUGUUAAAUGACAGAGGUCAACCAGGACCAUACUCGAAUUAUACUGUUUGUGAAUUACUUGAAUUCGAAACAGAUUCUUCCAAGAUUCAAAGUAAUGACGAGUUGUUAAAUGUUUUAAUUAAUCAUUUGGGGACUACAAAAUCCUGGAAUAGGAAAAGAGUUUUGGAGGUGAUGGAAUUUAUUGGAUUGGAAGAGGAAUUCCUUUCGAAUAAUGAUUGUGUUAAUGAUUUCAUCUAUGUGGUAAUGUAUGAACUCAUCUUUAAAUCUAUAGAAAUAUGGUAUACAGAGCAAUAUCUUUUCAAUUGUGGGGAUAUUUAAAUAUCAAGUCGGUGGUUAAUUGAAAAUUGUUAAAUUAAGGAAAUGAAUGGCUACGGCCAUAUCACGAUUCAUGCACCUCAUCCCGUCCGAUUUGAGAAGUUAAGCAUCGUCGAGCCACAUCAGUACUGAGGUUGGAGACAACUUGGGAACCUGUGGUGCUGUAGUCCUCUUUUUCCUUCCUUAUGUUUAUUAGAGUUUCAUCUAUUUUAGCCAUCAUUAAAACAAUGAAAGUGGAAGAGGAGCUGCAAUAUACCAUCAUGAAGAGCUACAUGCUCUUCCUCCAUCUCAAUAAUUUGAUAUUAAGGCGAGAGUAUUCAAUAACUUUCUUGAAUCCAUAUUUAUUUUUCACAUUAAAGAUACCACAAUUUUAUAAU